AUGGGUGGCACUGCAUUUGUCUGGUUUGGUUGUUGGACCUGGACCUGGAACUGGAAUUCCUCCUUGUUGGACACCGACACCUUCAUGGUUAAAAUGACAUUUCAACUCGACGACAGAUAUGCAAGAGCUGCCAAGAUGUUACCCAGAUCGGCCGGUCACGAGUCGAGUCGAGUCCCCUACUCACUUAUUAUGCAGGGAAAUAUUAACCUACACCUAUCCGACGGUAGGCUGACUUCAUGGCUGAUACAAACAUGGGGCGCUAAACAAGCUUCCAUGUCAGUUGACUCCGAGACACCGACCUGGAGAUAUCAAUACAUCAGUGAGUUCUGGGCGAUAAGCCCAGCGCCGUGGAUCGCCGAUUCAGAGACAAGCUUGAACUAUUCUUGGUGUGAUUGGCCACCCCCGGACUUUCAAUCUGUGCUGGGUUUGGUCCACGAGAGGGUCUUGUUUGGAGUUUUUAACAUUUACGAAGUGGGAGACCGAAAGGAAGAUGAGCUUAUUCACAGCCAGAUGUGA